UAGUAAGUAAAGAAGAAAGCCAAAAAUAGAGAAAGUGAAAGAAAGAAAACAUUCUGCAAAAACCUAAGCAUCAUUUCUCUCUUUCUUGCGCGCCGCCGCCACCUUCUUUCCGAUACACCGCCGUAAACCAUGGCGGUUCAUUGCUUCAAACCCAUCGAUAAUGCUUUCAUGACACCCACAAACACCACCACUUUGAUACCCACAAAGCCAAAGUCAUCCCCUUUAUCAUUAUUUCAAUUACCCAAGUCAAAACCCAUCCAUUUUGUAUCAUCUGCAACACGCCCACCAACUGUUUGUUUAAAUGCCUCAAAGAAUACCCAGUUGGAAAAAGAUGAAGAUUUUCGAAAACCCAAUGUGGGUAAGCGAACUGACAUCAAAAAGAUUAUGAUUCUUGGUGCUGGACCAAUUGUUAUUGGGCAAGCUUGUGAAUUUGAUUAUUCUGGUACUCAAGCUUGUAAAGCUUUAAGAGAAAAUGGCUAUGAAGUUGUGCUUAUUAAUUCAAACCCUGCAACUAUUAUGACUGACCCUGAAAUGGCUGACAGGACUUAUAUUGAACCAAUGACACCUGAGUUAGUUGAGCAGGUUAUUGAGAAAGAGAGACCUGAUGCGAUUUUGCCCACGAUGGGAGGGCAAACUGCGCUUAAUCUCGCAGUUGCUUUAGCUGAAAGUGGUGUACUUGAAAAGUAUAAUGUUGAGUUAAUUGGUGCUAAACUUGAAGCCAUUAAGAAAGCUGAAGAUAGGGAGCUGUUUAAACAAGCUAUGAAAAAUAUCGGUAUUAAAACGCCUCCUUCUGGAAUUGGGACUACUCUGGAUGAGUGUUUGCAGAUUGCUAAUGAAAUUGGUGAGUUUCCUUUGAUUAUUAGGCCUGCUUUUACUCUAGGUGGUUCGGGGGGUGGGAUAGCUUAUAAUAAACAGGAAUUCGAGACGAUUUGUAAGUCGGGUCUUGCAGCUAGUGUGACAACUCAGGUUUUAGUUGAGAAAUCUUUGUUAGGAUGGAAAGAAUAUGAGCUUGAGGUUAUGAGGGAUUUAGCUGAUAAUGUUGUGAUUAUUUGUUCUAUUGAGAAUAUUGAUCCAAUGGGUGUUCAUACUGGCGAUUCGAUUACUGUUGCACCUGCACAAACUUUGACAGAUAAGGAAUACCAACGGCUUCGUGAUUAUUCUAUAGCGAUUAUUAGGGAAAUUGGAGUGGAAUGUGGUGGUUCUAAUGUACAGUUUGCUGUGAAUCCUGAAGAUGGUGAGGUUAUGGUUAUUGAGAUGAAUCCUCGGGUUUCAAGGUCUUCUGCUUUGGCUUCAAAAGCUACUGGUUUUCCUAUUGCAAAGAUGGCUGCCAAGUUAUCUGUUGGUUAUUCGUUGGAUCAGAUUCCGAAUGAUAUAACAAUGAAGACACCGGCUAGUUUUGAACCUUCUAUUGAUUAUGUUGUCACAAAGAUACCCAGAUUUGCAUUCGAGAAAUUCCCAGGAUCUCAGCCAGUGUUAACAACACAGAUGAAAUCCGUUGGUGAAUCCAUGGCAGUAGGACGCACAUUUCAGGAAUCUUUUCAAAAGGCGGUCAGAUCACUUGAAUGUGGCUACUCUGGCUGGGGUUGUGCACCGAUCAAGGAGCUCGAUUGGGAUUGGGAUAAGAUUAAAUACAGUCUACGGGUCCCUAAUCCUGACCGUAUCCAUGCUGUAUAUGCUGCAAUGAAAAGAGGCAUGAAAGUUGAUGCCAUUCAUGAAUUAAGUUUCAUUGACAAAUGGUUUCUAACACAACUUAAGGAAUUGGUGGAUGUUGAGCGAUAUAUUAUGGCAAAAAGUUUAUCUCAGCUCACUAAAGAUGAAUUCUAUGAAGUAAAAAAAAGAGGCUUUAGUGAUAAGCAGAUAGCAUUUGCUACAAAGUCGACAGAAAAAGAAGUUCGUGUGAAACGAUUGGAUUUAGGAGUUGCCCCUGCUUACAAACGUGUUGAUACAUGUGCAGCAGAAUUUGAGGCAAACACUCCUUACAUGUAUUCAUCUUAUGAUUAUGAAUGUGAAUCAGCUCCAACCAAAAGUAAGAAAGUUUUGAUUUUGGGUGGUGGACCAAAUAGAAUUGGUCAAGGGAUCGAAUUUGACUAUUGCUGUUGUCAUGCUUCAUUUGCUCUUCAGGAAGCAGGUUAUGAAACCAUUAUGAUGAAUUCAAAUCCCGAGACGGUGUCCACAGACUACGAUACAAGUGACCGUCUCUAUUUUGAACCCCUCACAGUCGAAGAUGUGCUUAACGUCAUUGAUAUCGAAAGGCCCGAUGGCAUCAUUGUGCAAUUUGGUGGGCAAACCCCUCUGAAAUUGGCUCUACCCAUUCAGCGCUACCUAGAUGAACACAAACCUCCGUCUGCUAGUGGUGGUCGGGUUAACAUUUGGGGCACUUCACCUGACUCCAUCGAUGCUGCCGAGGACCGAGAGCGGUUCAACGCAAUCUUGAAAGAACUGCAAAUUGAACAACCAAAAGGAGGCAUUGCAAAAAGUGAAGCUGAUGCCCUUCGCAUUGCAUCAGAAAUUGGAUAUCCAGUUGUUGUUAGACCUUCUUAUGUAUUAGGUGGUCGAGCCAUGGAGAUUGUUUAUAGUGACGAAAAACUUAUACGUUAUCUUGAAACAGCUGUUGAGGUGGACCCAGAGCGACCAGUUUUGGUUGAUAGAUACUUAUCUGAUGCCAUCGAGAUCGAUAUCGAUUCACUUGCAGAUUUGCAUGGUAAUGUCGUGAUUGGUGGAAUCAUGGAACAUAUUGAACAAGCUGGAGUUCAUUCAGGUGACUCAGCUUGUAUGAUUCCUACAAAAACGGUUUCACAAACGAGUCUGGACACAAUUAGAUCAUGGACCACCAAGCUGGCUAGACGUUUAAAUGUCUGCGGUUUAAUGAAUUGUCAGUAUGCAAUUACAGGUUCUGGGGAGGUUUUCUUGCUCGAGGCAAACCCCCGAGCCUCUCGUACAGUGCCAUUUGUCUCUAAAGCAAUUGGGCGCCCACUGGCUAAAUAUGCUUCGCUUGUAAUGUCGGGAUUGUCUCUUAAUGAACUUGGUUUUACAAAAGAAGUCAUCCCAAAGCAUAUUUCAGUCAAAGAAGCAGUCCUUCCAUUUGAUAAAUUUCAAGGAUGUGAUGUGUUUCUCGGGCCUGAGAUGCGUAGCACUGGCGAAGUAAUGGGGAUUGACACCGAAUUCUCUAUUGCAUUUGCCAAAUCUCAGAUAGCUGCAGGCCAGAAACUGCCAGUUUCAGGCACGGUGUUCCUUAGUUUGAAUGAUAUGACAAAACCCCAUUUGGGAAAAAUUGCCCGGGCAUUUUCAGUCCUCGGGUUCACUAUUGUUGCCACUUCUGGGACAGCUCAUAUUCUUGAAAUGGAUGGUAUUCCAGUUGAGAGGGUGUUGAAGCUGCAUGAGGGGCGUCCUCAUGCGGGUGAUAUGAUUGCAAAUGGACAAAUUAAUUUAAUGGUGAUUACGAGUUCGAAUGAUGAUCUUGACCAGAUUGACGGGCGACAACUGAGGAGGAUGGCUCUUGCUUACAAAAUUCCAAUUAUAACUACGGUUUCAGGUGCUUUAGCUACUUCCGAAGCCAUAAGAAGCUUGAAAACCACAAAGUUCAAAAUGGUUGCUAUUCAGGAUUAUUUUUUAGAAGAUACGCAGCAGAUCGAUAAUAAGAGUGCUGCAACAAUCACAACGGAGUUGUAGGUGAAAUGAACAUAUCCAUAACCCAUUUGAAGACUCAACUUCUGGCUUUGGAAAUUUUCUCGAGUUCAAACCCUAUGCUUUUUAGAUCAUUUCAAGGAUUAUAUUACGUUUUGUAGCUGUACUUAUAUGUUCUUCCGACACUAUAAAUCGUUGUGGUUAUCAUUAAUUUGGUAGUGGAAUCAUCGAUUCUUUUCUGUCAA